AUGGCCAAAGAAACAGCAACCUACACCCACGGCCACCAUGCCUCAGUCGUCCGCUCCCAUAGCUGGCGCACUGCAUCCAACUCAAUAGGCUUCCUCCUGCCCCAUUUGAAACCAAACAUGAGAAUUUUAGAUAUCGGCUGCGGCCCAGGAACUAUCACCGUUGACGUGGCAGCUCUGAUUCCCCAAGGCCACAUCACAGGCCUUGAACGCGUCGGCUCAAUCCUCACACAAGCACGCGCCCUCGCUGAAGAAAAAGGCAUUACAAAUAUUGAUUUCGUCGAGGGAGAUGCCAACGGUCUAUCCUACGAAGAUGGCACCUUUGACAUUGUCUUCUGUCAUCAGGUUCUACAGCAUGUUGGUGAACCCGUGGGCAUGCUAAAGGAGAUGAAGCGCGUUACGAAGACCGGUGGAAUCGUCGCAGCGAGGGAGGCUGAUUAUAGUGUUUUCGCAUGGUAUCCUGAACUACCGGGCCUGAAGACUUGGCAGGAGUUGUACGGUCGUAUCGCGAGAAAGAAUGGGGGUACGCCGAAUGCGGGCCGUGUGUUGCACACGUGGGCCAAGAAGGCGGGGCUAAGCCCGAAGUGUUCGGCUACGAUGUGGUGCUAUGCGGACAAGGGGGACACGAAGUGGUGGAGUGAGAGUUGGGUUGAGAGAUCGCUUUAUUCCUCAUUUGCGACUACGGCACUGGAGAAUGGGAUUGCGAGCCAGGGGGAGUUGCAGGCGGUUUCGGAUGCUUGGAAGGAGUGGGGGGAGCAUGAGGAUGCUUGGAUUGUAAUUCCUAGUAUGGAGAUUCUGUGUUUUAAGGAGUAG